UAACAGAAUCAGGGUGUCCAACUUUAACUGCCCCAGAAAAUGGAGAAUUAUCUGGAUUCUGUUCGUCUGCCGUGACUGGAGACCGGUGUAUGUUUUCCUGUCUACAAGAGUACCAACUAGUAGGAGACCCAGAAUUGAUCUGUCUGGAGUCUGGUAGUUGGUCUGGAACAGCCCCUACUUGUAACAUAACAGAAUCAGGAUGUCCACCUAUAAGUGCCCCAGAAAAUGGAGAAUUAUCUGGAUUCUGUUCGUCUGCCGUGACUGGAGACCGGUGUAUGUUUUCCUGUCUACAAGAGUACCAACUAGUAGGAAACCCAGAGUUGAUCUGUCUGGAGUCUGGUAGUUGGUCUGGAACUGCCCCUACUUGUAACAUUACAGAAACCGGGUGUCCAACUUUAACUGCCCCAGAAAAUGGACAAUUAUCUGGAUUCUGUUCGUCUGCCGUGACUGGAGACCGAUGUAUGUUUUCUUGUAUGGAAGAGUACCAACUAGUAGGAGACCCAGAAUUGAUCUGUCUGGAGUCUGGCAGUUGGUCUGGAGAAAGUCCAUCAUGUGAACUUCAACAGUCCUACUGCCCAACAAUCACUGCUCCUGAAAAUGGAGAAAUAGCAGGAUUGUGUUCAUCUGCGGCAACAGGAGAUCAAUGUACAUUCUCCUGUGUAGGAGACUACCAACUAGUGGGAAUUUCGGAUUUGACAUGUUUGGACAACGGAAGUUGGUCUGGAGAAAGUCCAUCAUGUGAACAAGACUACCAACUAAUAGGAGACCCAGAGUUGAUCUGUCUGGAGUCUGGCAGUUGGUCUGGAACAACCCCUACUUGUAACAUUCAACAGUCCUACUGCCCAACAAUCACUGCUCCUGAAAAUGGAGAAAUAGCAGGAUUGUGUUCAUCUGCAGUAACAGGAGAUCGAUGUACAUUCUCCUGUGUAGGAGACUACCAACCAGUGGGAAUUUCGGAUUUGACAUGUUUGGACAACGGAAGUUGGUCUGGAGAAAGUCCAUCAUGUGAACUUAAAGAAUCAGGAUGUCCACCUAUAAGUGCCCCAGAAAAUGGAGAAUUAUCUGGAUUUUGUUCGUCUGCUGUGACUGGAGACCGGUGUAUGUUUUCUUGUCUAGAAGAAUACCAACUAAUAGGAGAUCCAGAGUUGAUCUGUCUGGAGUCUGGCAGUUGGUCUGGAACAACCCCUACUUGUAACA